AUGGUGGCACCUUCAUUAAGCUCGCGGGGGAAACCUGCGAAGUUUCUGAAGAAAGGCACCGAAACAACAAAGUCUCAUCGCUUCGAGACUUUUUCGCAACGAGUCUCGAAGUUGAAGAUCGACCCGAUUCACCGCGUGCGACGAACUGACUUCGGCGAAGAGGAUGGCGAGGAUGAUGAGACAUUUUCACACUUCCGGUCCUCAUUGGACCAUUGGAGUGAAAUGAAUUUGUCUGAGUUUUUUACCGAAUUCGUUCGCCGUGUCAACUCGCUCUCAGAAAGUCUUCCGCAAGUGCUAUACCAUGAAGAAAAGAUUAUGGCGCUUUUGGUCGAGUUUAUUGAUAAGAGGGACAAAUUGUCGAUCGAACCGCUUUUGAGUCUCUUAUCACAAUUCGCAAGAGAUUUGGGUGUACGAUUUGAAAAACACUUUGCGACUAGUGUUACUUUGGUCGCAUCCGUCGCGGCACUUCAUCCAGAUGUUGAAGUAAUAGAAUGGAGUUUCACAUGCCUCGCCUGGAUCUUCAAAUUUCUCUCUCGACUUCUUGUACCGGACUUGAGACAACUUUUGGGUAUAAUGAGUCCAUAUCUGGGAAAAGAACGACAGAAAACAUUUGUCGCACGAUUCGCCGCCGAGUCCAUGUCCUUCCUGAUUCGCAAAGCUGGACUUGUUUACCAUAAGAAUAAAGCUCCAUUGAAUCGUGCUAUAUCUUUCUUGUUUGAAGAUCUACGAAACUCUACAGAGUCGCGAAGCCUCGAGACCUACAAGGAAGGCUUAAUGGUCAUGUUUUCAGAAUCCAUUAAGGGAAUCAAAGGAGGCCUAUAUUCCAAUGCUUCAGAUAUUCUGAAGUGUCUGAUAGAAAAUGCCACCGUUGAUGAUGAAGUGCACUUUUCUUUGGCUGAAGAAGUGGUCUGCGGUGUCCUGACGAAUAUCAUUCACGUUACAACGUCCGAAACAUUCCCUGAACUUUUGAAAGUGGUCUGCGCAUACGUUGAAGGUGGCAAAGCAGUACUUAAAGCGUCUCAUAUGAAGCUUUCUUCGCAUUUAAUAUUUGUCUGCGUGACUACUCGAAAAGCAACACGAGUCAAAGAUUGGAAGGACGUCCACCAAAGUUUGUUGACGCUGCUACAAAGAGCAUUACAGGGAUUAGAAUAUCAUCGCGAUACUCUUCCGCGAAUUCUUACUUCCGCCGCCUACGCCUUGCAACUCUCGCCAAUGGACGAAAUGAUGCCUUUUAUGCGACCCAUCAUGGAACUUGUAUCCGACGAGCGUUUGGCGCCCUAUUUUUUGUCCUUUUGCUCAACUUUCUCCGAAUUCGGGCCUGAAAGAUUUCAGAUCGUUGUUUUGCCAUAUCUCCAGAGAUUUUUGAUUUCUUCUUGGAAGACUAAGGAAGAAGACUUGUGUUUUUCACUCAUUCAGCUAGAGGAAGUCGGUUGUGUCACGUCCAUACCUUCACGGCCAGGCUUCAUUGCUUGUCCAGCAGAGUGGAGAUCGCAUAUUCUCCAGAAAUUGAAAAAGCCUGGCUCGUCUUUGACUGAGACCGCCUUGCUCAAUGCUUAUACCAAACUUCGCGCGGCAGUCUCACUUUCUAAUGACGCUGCUUUUCUUCCGCAGAUAGUGCAAUCGCUCCAUAAGUUGGUAACGGAGUCGUUCGAUGAAUCAGCUCUCGAAGACCAGCCACUGCAUAUGUUCUCCAGUGGUCAAGGGUUUCAGAAUUAUGUUUUUCUCGCCGAUCAAUGUGCUUCCCUGGAUAGAUCCCUUUGGCAGUCGAUAUUGAAAGUCGGACCUCGAUUCAUUCGUCGAAAACCAUUUUUAGAGGCCACGUUAAAUUAUAUGACACGCCUACCCGGCCUUAUCACUGAGACCAAGGAGGAUCUGGAUAAUUUUGCAUUUAGUCUUAUCGACAAUCUUACAUCGCCGUCACAGGCGUUGAGAUUGCUCUCACUGAAAAUACUUCUCGAGCUGGCCAAUGCAACAACUGGUGAUCUACAAAACACCAUCGGCAUCGCAAUCGAGAUAGAAGAAAGUGAAUUAUCCCUACAGACUUCUCGAUUUCUAUCUAUGCAGGUCCGCAAGCUUGGCUUGUUAUACCCACAGGUCAUCGAUCAUACUUGGCUCUGCAGAUUGGUUCCUAAGUUCUGCUUUGGCCUGUUCUCCAAGCAGCUAGGACAAUUGUGGAUUGAUUCCGCUGAGACUUUGAAAAAUGUCAGCAAAAACCCUGCUGGGGAAGUUGUCGUCACUGAAUUGUGUAUGCUGUGGUUACAGCAUAAUGUUGAUGCCACAAAUGAUGAAUCUACAGACGAAGAGCCGGGGAAGAACUGGUCGGAGUUCAAAUGUGAUAAUUCGCUGAAGAUCGAAAAAAUAAUUGAGGCCAAAUUUGAAAAAGCCAAUGACCCGAAAGACGAAUUGAUAGAAAGCUUCACUACUGACCAUAAACUGUCUGAACUGAUUCCCGUGACCGCCAGAGCUCGAUCUUUACAAGUUCUACAUGUUAUUCCUGAACUCGCGGAAAAGCGUGCUCGUCAAAUUGUUCCUCUUUUCCUUCGAUGGGCCUCGACCGAAAUUGACAACGUGAAGAUCGUGGAAAGCGAUGCGAAAUUUUCCGAGGCUGUUGGAGUGGUAGAUGUCACUCCGAUCUGGGCUUAUAAGGAUCGCCUAGCGCUGCUUGGCUUGUUCGAGAAGUUCAUCAACCCCCGAUCUCUCUUCAAGUCUUCACAAGUGUAUGAUGCUUUAUUGAGUCUCACCGCCCAUGGAGAUUCUGCGGUUCAAAAGUCCGCACUGAAAGGUCUCUUUACCUGGAAAUCACCUGGUAUACGUCCCUACGAAGAGAAUUUGCUCAACAUUUUAGACGAAUCUCGCUUUCGCGAGGAACUUUCUGUUUUCGUUCAUAUCGAUGAUGAAGAUAGUAAGAUCGAGAAAGGUCACAAGGCAGAUAUCCUGCCAAUUCUUCUACGUCUUCUCUACGGGCGUAUGAUAUCUAGAGCUGCGUCUAGUUCCGGCUCUGGUGGCCAAACCGGAAGGAGGAAGGCCAUUCUUCGUAUUCUUGCUCAAAUGUCGGGGCCAGACUUCGAACUCUUUGUGCAGAUCGCUUUUGGGGUUUUCUUUGAUGUGGAUCUGCUCAAGGAUGGCCAGAUUGAUAACCAAUCUUUCGAAUCGGAGUUAGCCAGCGAGCGGAAGCAGGUCGGUUUCCUCAAAAUGGUUGAAACGAUGCUAGAGACCCUUCAGAGCCGCAUGCAUACAUAUGCUACCAAGUCAAUGGAUGCGGUAUUCUACUGUCUUGUGCGAGCCUCUCGCUUGCUUGCCUUGGACUCGCCGGACCUAGAAAGUAAAGCCGCAGUGCUGCGAGAGAUUCGCAGCGUGGGUAUCCGCUGCGCUAGUAUGAUUUUCUCUAUCGCUCCAGAUAUUGACUGGACACCGUUCGUGGGUCUGCUAUUCACCGAAGUAAUCAACUCCAGGCUGGAGAACUUCGCCAUCGAGAACGCACAAGGAAUUUCUUCUUUUCAUCGACUUUUCCACGAAUGGGUGUCUGCUCCGAAGUCCGUUUUCUACUUGACGCGAUUCAGCAAAGACGUGAUUCCCGCUGUUGUCGAUACAUUGACUGUUCCAUCUGCGCGCGAUGAUGUCAAGGUAUUUAUUCUGGAGCAAAUAGUACAGCCCAUUAUCAAUCAGUCUACUGGUAAGGCUGUCGAUGAAUCUGGAGAAAUGAGCGAGGUCUCUUUUCAAGCUAUACGCGAAGAGAUACUUGCGCCAUAUGUGGAUCGCAUUCUGGGAAACCUCAGCAAGCUUUUGCAAUCAAAUCCUGCGCGUCCUGUUCUUGUGUCUGCUGUGGAAACAUUAUCCCUAAUAGCGCCUUGCGUGGAGACAUCUUCUGAAAUUGCCAGUCUUGUGCGUAUAUCCACCUAUCUUCUACGACAACCACAUGACAAGAUUUCACCCAAGACCAAGUCAGGUUUGUUGCACUCUCUGCAGCAUUUCAUACCCUUGUCUUCAAUUGAUAAGGACCCUUCAUUCUCCGAGGAAGUAUUCUGCACGGUGUCAUCUCUAUUCGACUAUUUCAAGGAUGAACAGAACCGCAAUGUCUUGUCUGCUGUUUUACACGAAUUUGCCAAACAUGAUCCUGAGCUAGAGGAGGUCGGCGCUCUCUGUGCUGAUCUCAAUUCUAUUGACACAUCGAAGCUUGAUAGCAUUGACUACGACCGGCGACUUGCGGCUUUCAGAAAAAUCAACGAAAAUUUGUGGACAAGUCUCAGUCCUAAGCAGUGGCGCCCUCUCCUGUUCAAUAUGUUGUAUCAUGUCAAGGAUGAACAAGAACUCUCCAUCCGAUCGAGUGCUUCAUAUGGUAUCAAACGUUUUAUUGAAAGAGCUGCAGAUGGUGAAUCGAAUAGGUCCGACUUUGCUACCCUCAGAGACAGCGUUUUGCUGCCAGCUCUCCAGAACGGUGUGCGUCAACGAUCUGAGCAAGUACGAUCAGAAUUCAUAGUAGCCCUGGGUCAUUUGGUAAAACUCAAUCCCACCUUACCAAGCGUACAAGAUAUGCAUGUGCUUUUAGUUGCUGGAGACGAGGAAGCUUCAUUUUUCAACAACAUUCUUCACAUCCAGCAACAUCGACGCAUGCGUGCCCUACGCAGACUUGCAAGUGAGGCGUCAAGCGGAAAGAUCAACUCUGCGAACAUAAGCUCGAUCUUCUUUCCUCUAAUUGAGCAUUUUAUUUUCCAUAUCGCUGAAGACGAGACUGCCCAUAAUCUAGCUGCAGAGUCUGUAGCAACUUUGGGUUGUUUAGGUGAGUGGUUGGAGUGGAGUCAGUUUCGAGCAAUUUUCCGCAGGUAUCGUGCAAAUAUGACAAGCAAGCCCGAAGUUGAAAGGAAUAUGAUCCGGUUGCUUGGUCGCAUGACUGACGCCCUGUCAACCGCUUUCACACAACGCUAUCCGAGAACAAACUCUGAGGAUACUAUGGAGGUAGAUGGAGAUUCUCCUUCAGAACAGCCUGCUAAAUGCCGCCUGGCCCUGACGCUACCCACACCAGAAAAGAUUUCGACGGAGCUGACAACUCACUUCUUGCCUUUCUUAACGCAGUUCGUGCAUCACAAAGAUGAAGCUCAAAUGAGUCUCCGUCUUCCGGUUGCUGUGACCAGCAUCAAGCUGCUCAAACUUUUGCCCGAAGAAGAUAUGGCUAUCCGCCUUCCAGCAGUUCUGUUGGAUGUCUGUUACGUUCUGCGAAGUAAGGCACAAGAUUCCCGAGACAAUGCCAGGAAGACUCUUGCAGACAUUGCGAUCAUUCUCGGCCCGACUUACUUUGGCUACAUUUUGAAAGAGCUGAGGACGGCUCUCGCUCGUGGUUACCAGCUCCACGUUCUCUCUUUUACCAUGCAUUCCAUUCUUGUAUCGACCACAGAUGAAUUCGAACAGGGCUCUUUGGAUCACUGUCUUGAACAAGCUGUUGCAAUUGUCAUGGAUGAUAUUUUUGGAGUUGUUGGCCAGGAGAAAGAUGCCGAAGACUACGUUAGUCAAAUGAAAGAAGUCAAGAGCAGCAAGAGUUACGAUUCGAUGGAGUUGCUUGCUAAGAACAGCUCUGUUACACGCCUGGGUGCGCUCAUUGCGCCUUUGCAAAUGCUUUUACGGGAGAAACUUACAGCUAUUUUGGUGAGAAAGAUUGAUGAGCUCUUCAGGAGAAUAAGUCUCGGUCUACUGCGAAACCCGGGUGCUGAGAGCCGGGAUAUUCUUGUCUUUUGCUACGAAGUGAUUAAAGAAUCGUACAAAGAUCAAAAUGAGUCACAGGCGCUGUCUCACACAGAAUCGGCAAGGAAUAGGCGAUUCCUCAUCAACAUGAAAGGUAUGAAAAGAGGAGAGAAACGCGGAACUACCUCGUCAUAUCUCUACAAGCUAUCGCGGUUCUCGCUUGAUGUCCUUCGAUCAGUCCUCAACAAAUACAGUUCCAUACUAACUGCAAACAAUCUGGCUGGCUUCUUGCCCAUUGUUGGGGACGCAGUGAUUCAGUCCUACGAAGAAGUCAAGAUUUCCGCUAUGCGUCUGCUCUCGACCAUUAUCAAAUUACCUCUCCCUGAGCUCGACCAAAAUGCGCCAACCUAUCUUGCCGAAGCUGUUAAAGUCGUCAAAGAAGCUCCAAGCACUAACACGGAGGCCGCACAAGCUGCACUCAAAUUCAUCGCUUCUGUGUUGCGAGAACGAAAGACGGUAGAAUUGAGGGAUAAUCAUCUCUCGUAUCUUUUGAAGCGUCUCACAAAUGACAUUGAGGAACCUGAUCGCCAGGGUUUAACCUUCAACUUCAUUCGCGCUGUGAUGGAUAGGAAAUUUCUUGUUCCCGAACUUUACGAGUUGGUCGACAAUAUUGCAAGAAUGAUGGUCACCAAUCAGACCAAGGCUGCUCGUGAUCUGGCUCGGGGUGUGUACGUCCACUUUCUAUUGGAAUAUCCUCAAGCCAAAUCUCGCUGGUCCAAACAGCUAGCUUUCCUUGCAAAGAACUUUGACUACCAGCACCGUGAAGGACGAGAAUCUGUCAUGGAAGCAGUGCAUCGAUUGUUGAACAAAACUGGCGGGGACCUUGGCCAAGAUAUCAUCAGCACCUUCUUCUUACCGGUUGUGCUCGUCAUGGCCAACGAUGAGACUUCUGAAUGCCGUCAAAUGGCCGGUCUUCUUCUCAGUGAAUUCUUUGGAAGAGCUGAUCGGGAGCGUCUACAGAUCAUGCUGAAGCCACUGCACUCUUGGCUCGAGCAGAUGGAGAACAAACAACUCGCAAACACCGGUCUACAGGCUAUGAGAAUUUUCUUUGAGGCGGAAGGUACCGAGAAGGAAAAGGAAAGCCGAUUCGUUGUCGAAACCUUGCCUGAGCUAAUCAAUCCAAUUAUCGAAGACACGGAAAGCGAGGAUUGGGAGACGGUCUAUUUCUCAUGGCAAUUAUUCCUCAAGGUAUGCAAAGCCGUACCUUCGGUUGCUUUCAGUGAAAAGUGUUUGGGCUUGUGGUCUAGCGUCCAAGAAUCUCUCUUCUAUCCACACGCUUGGGUAAAAACGUGUGCAGCAAACUUGGUUGGAUUAUGGCUUGCAGAUAUAGCCAAGUCGAACGCGACCGAAGGCUAUGCCAAUGUUCCUUUGGCCGGUAAACAUGGUCUUAAGCUUGACAAAGACGGAAUGAUCAAACUCACCCGCGGCAGUAUCCGUUCCAUGCAAAUUCCAGGGGUUAGCGAAGAGCUUGCCAUGCAGAGCGUCCGUAACAUUGUUUUCUUGAGUCGAUGCUUUGCAAUCAACGGCGUUGAGUUUUCUUCGAAAGAGGCCGAAGAAGCCAAAGAGGAUGGACCAGACGAUGAGAGCGAUGCAGAAGAAGAGAAGGCUGAUAUGGAAAUCGCCUCGCGCAAGAGUCUGCUACGCUACAUCUUCCAACAGCUAUCUAACAUACUACGCCGAGAAACGAUCUCCGGAAAACCCAGUGCACUUGUACCCAAGUCCGCAACCAUGGUUCUUUUGGCAGCAGUCUGUCGUCACCUAGACGCUGAAAAGCUUAUAGGAUUCUUGCCAAUUAUCCUUCUUCCUCUACAGCAUUUGAUCGAUCCAAACAUUCCGACUCCUCGAUCCAACGAUCCAGAAUUUCAGACAGGUUGGAAGUCGUUAGUUACAAAUGCCCAGGAAAUCUUGGAUCUUUUGCAGAAGAAGCUCGGUACGACCGAAUAUGUUGACCAGAUGGCUCGUAUUCAGGAGAAUAUUAGAGCACGCCGGGAACAAAGACGGGCCAAACGUCGCAUUGAAGCUGUUGCCGAUCCAGAGAAAUUUGGUCGCGAGAAGAAACGUAAGAACGACAGGAAGCACGUCAAGAGGAAAGAAAGGGGUCAGGAAUUCAGGGAGCGGAGACGAGGCUUCUGA